AUGGCGAAAGAAGAGAUCGAUGAAGCGCAAAGAUGUACAUAUGUGCUGCCCAGGAAGAAACGAAAAUGUCGGAUGCUAGUUAAAGCUGGAGAAUUAUUUUGUGGAGAACAUCAAAUACACAACCCUGAGAACAAUGAUAGAAUAAUUUGCCCAAAUGAUCCCAAUCAUACUGUGGCCGUAUCAGAGCUGGAAGAGCACUUGAGGGAGAGAUGUAAUGCGAGAAUUACUCUGGAACCGUGGAUAAUAGAAGGUUUAAACGCUGUCAAAAGAGAAGUAGCUUCAUUUGAGCCGAUUGAUCGACGACCCAAUAAGGAGGAAAUUGCAUCUGUUGUCGCGCGCUUACUUAAAAUGGAAGAAGUCGAUCAGUUUUCACAAUUCUCUCAGUUGCAAUGUGAUAAAAUUCAAGAUUUCUUGGAUUGCCAUGAAGAACUUGGUUUCGUACAAAGAAAACAUCUUAUUCAACAGGCUAGUAUCAUUGGUCACAUGUGUGCAUCUGAUUUAUUGAAUAAUACCGCCGAUACAAGCAUCCUUGAACUUGGAGCUGGAAAAGCUCAGCUUGCAUAUUGGAUGGCAAAAGUGGCUCCUCAUGCUCGUUUCUUACUGGUCGAUCGAAGUGGAUCCCGCAACAAAUACGACAAUAAAGCUUUGCAAGAAAAUCCAUCAUUAAAUUUGCGUAGAUUGCGCUGCUCAAUAGAACAUCUUGACUUAUCUAAAGUGGAGAUUAUUCAGAAUUGUCAAUCUUUGGUUGCUGUUCAAAAACACUUUUGUGGCAGCGCAACAGACUCAGGUAUUCGAUGCUUGCAAAAUGGGAUCACUAGAGGACUUGAUUUAAAAGGAUUUGUGUUGGCGCCUUGUUGUCAUCAUAAAAUGCGCUAUGAAGAAUAUAUUGGAGGCAAAUUCCUCCGCCAACAAGGAUUUGAUGGGGAGGCUGAUUUUUCUGCUUUACGCCAUAUCUCGACAUGGAGUGUUUGCGGAUUUGAACAGACAGAAACUGAGCGAUUACCUUCAGAGGUGACUUCGGAAUUGUUUGAGAAUGAUUGGUCUGACACAUUCCGAGCUCGAAUAGGAAGACGGGCAAAAGUGUUAUUGGAAGAGGGACGAGUUUGCCAUUUAAAAGAAUUUGGGUACCAGGUUCGCUUGAUUGAAUACGUCUCCGCCCAGAUUUCUCCAGAAAACCUACUACUUUUGGGUUCUAAAGAA